AGUCCACUUCCAUUCAUCCGGAACAGACAUCGCAUGCUUGGCUGAUCGAGAAUUUUACGGUUUGAAGCAACGCUCGCGCGCCAAAUUAGCAGCUUUACACAGACAAAUGUAACGGCCAUAACGGCACAAAUACCAUUUCAGUAUGAGUAUACUAUCAGUGCUACUCUUAGUUCAUGGGAUUUUUGCAGCGAAUGGACAGGGAAUUGGUAAAAGCGAGAACACCGAGAAAUUAUCCAAACGUUUAGCCGUGCAAUACCGUCACCUCCUGUGGCCAGCGGUAACCGAUGAAAAUCUACACGUCAUCAAGGUCGUCAUUCCAUAUACGGUCAAGACGGGCGGCUGGUUCUCUGGCCUGGGCGAGGCAGACAAGCUAAUUAUACGAAAGGCUUCAUCAGUCAUCGAGAGGUACACGUGCAUCAAGUUUGAGGAACGCAAGCAUCAACGAGAUUAUGUGGAGUUUUACAUGGACAAAAGCGGGAUUUGUGAGUCUGACAUAGGACGCAUAAGAGGGAGGCAGACCGUAUCACUGGGUCAAGGCUGCCGUAACCCUGGUCACGUGACGCACGAGCUGAUGCACACGCUGGGAUUCUACCAUGAGCACACGCGGCCCGACAGGGACAAGUUCGUCAGAAUCCUGUGGGACAAUAUCAAACCGGGAAAUCGUCCACAAUUCGAGAUCCGAUCAGAAUCAAAGGCCACGACGCUUGGUCAGCAGUAUGACUUCCGCUCAAUCAUGCACUACCGCAAAACUGAGUUCAGUAAGAACGGGCAGAACACCAUUGAGGCUGUGCAGAACCCAGACAUGGAACUUGGCUCCGUCAACUCGCUCUCUGCGGUGGACAUCAUGCAGAUUAAUCGCCUGUAUAACUGCCCACAAGCUAGAUUAUUGGUUGAUAACUAUCACGUGACUGUCAUAACGGGUCGCGCGGUGUUUGCCGGGACAGACGCAGGAGUUUUCGUGGAGCUGUACGGGCGUAGGGGGAACUCUGGAGAGAUGGAGCUUAACUCACGUGUCAGUGACUUCGAGUCGGGAAGUAUCGACAAGUUCAACAUAGUUGCUCCAACUCUUGGUGAGCUGACGAAAAUCACAGUUCGGCAGAAUGGCGAAGGCCUCCAUGCUGCCUGGUACAUAGACAAGGUGAUAGUUCGUGACGACAGGCGUAGAGUGGCAUACACGUUUCCGUGCUCGUGCUGGCUGACAAGCCCAACUGACACCAAGACGCUCACUCCCUUGAUGCUUGCGUGACGUGUUUUGACCUGCCUGCGUGACACUUGACCUUUCGUCCGAUCACGUGCAUCGUGCUAACCGAACGUGUAUACAAUGCAACUUUUACCAAGACUCUCACUUCCUUAAAUUCCCAUCGCACCUUAAAAGAAUUGUAAAUCUUAAGUAGGGGUCCGCUGUAAAAUAUGAGCUUACUUUGAGUAGUUUAUGCUGUCACAGACAUUCGCGCGUCUUAAAAAAAUUUUUCGGCACAUUUCGCGAUCGCGGAGAGAAAUCGUGUUUGCAUGGGAUUUAGUUUCGCAAAUUUGAAAAUCAUAUUCGAAAUUGACAAUACAUCAGGAACAGGCCGAUAAUGGAAAGAUAAAAGAACAGCGUAACUACACACACUACAAGGAACCGGGACAGGAUGGUCAACUGCACAAAGGACAUUAUUGGAGAAAGAUGUCGGGCGAAUCUUUAAAUGUAAAAAAAAAAAAAAAAUAAAUAAAUAGAUAAUGCCUCCACCAAGGCUUUUACAAAUGUUGCUUACAAUUUGUUAUAGGACCUUUGAAAACACAAAUAUAUGAUUUUUAUAGCAUUAAAUCUCACAUGAAAGUUCGCGGUCUGUAUUUUUCGCGAGUAUUUUAUUUGAAUUCGCGUUUUUUUUUAAAUCGCGAAAAUCGAGAAUUAAGUUCAUGCGAAAAUUAAGCAGAAGAAGGUGUAUCUGUAGCACUGAUUAUAAACUAAAUUAACAUAGUUGUCAACUAAUCCGUAGAAAAUCGUCGAAAAAUGUGCGAGGGGGGACUCUAGCUAAUUUUACAUUGCAACUGCAGGAAAUAUUCUAAUUUGAUUUUAACUACUUUGCGAGUCCCUUUAGUCAUAAGACUUUAAAAGAACAAACAUGUUUUGAGCCAAAAAUAAAUUGUUAUCUAACUCCUGUAACCCUGAUGAAUUUACGUCACGUUUUAUAGUACCCUAGGCGACACAAGACAAAUAAAUCGAUAACUAAAAAUA